GGCACAGAGGCUGGGCCAGGGGGUCCCCUAGAGCCCCUGGACCCCCCACCCCCAUGGAGCCGAAACCCUCCACAUCUGGGAACGCCCAGAUGCACAUGCGAAAGGACGAAUUGGAUUCCCUGCAGGAGACGAAGGAUGUGGAGCUGGGGCAGGUGGCCCAGGAUCUGCAGGACGCCAACGAGGAGAUCCAUAACCUGCGCCUAGAAGCCGAAGAAGCAGCCGCCCUGCACGAGAACGAGAUCGCCAGUUUACAAGAAGAGCUUUGCCGGAUGAAAGCCGAGCUGGAAAGAGUCCAACGGGUCCACAAUGAGUACGAAAUGGAGCUCACCGCCCUGCGGGCUGAAAUCCAGAUGAUACAGGACUCGGCUCCCGAAAACAACGUUGACGCUAGCGAAACCCCCCUUCAGGAGCAACAGCUGUCCAGCCUGAGCCAGGAAGUAGCUCGGCUCCAAGGUGAGCUGGACAUUGCGAAAGGCCAAUACACGGAUCUGAAAGAAGAGUUCCUGACUUUGCAGGCUAGCAACAAGCUUAUGGUCCACCAGCUGGAGAAGCUCGAAGCCAUGAAAUACAACAAGUACCGAAGCAGGCUGGAUGACUCUCCGUCUCUGGAGUCCAUCUCCCAGUGGCCCACGGAUCGCCGCUACUCCCUUAUGAAGCAACCCGCCAACCAGAAGGGCAGCUGCGUCUCCUUCUGGUCGGUGGAGAUUGUCGGCGUCGCCAGCGACUACAACGAAGAAGAGAGGAUGGAGAAGGUGGAAGAGGAGAAUGAGCUCGAGUUGCCGCAUCAGCCGUCGGAGGAGAAGGUGGAGAAGGUCCAGACGCAGGGCAAUAUGUCCCAGUGCAUUCUGGCUGAAAUGGAGAACGAGGACCAGGCUGGCUUCCAAGACAUAGAUUUUAAGAGAAAAUCGAGAAGGAGGAGGGACUCCGAUGCCCGUAAGGGCAUUAUUGUGACCCAGUGGAACCUGCUAGAAACGGAGAAAGAAGACCAGUCUUCCUACCCAGAGCCGCUCAGUAAGAGAAGAUCGAGGAGGAGAGAAUCCCUGAAAGAAGGGAGAGAAGAUGACUUUAAGAGUUGGAGGGAGAAGGCAAGGAAUGCAGAGUUUCUUCUUGACGCAGAACUCAACGAAAGUUCAGGGAGGGAAGGGCAGGCCCAGUUUAGUGUGCCAGAAAUGGAGAGAGAAGAUCAGUCUUCCAGUCAAGAUCCAGGCAAUGAGAGAAGACCGAAGAAGGAGAGGAGCUGGAAGAAAGAGAUUUCCUUUGAUCAAGAACCUGACGAAAGUCCAGGGAGGGAAGGGCAGCACGACCGCGCGCAGCACGACCUGCGGGAACUGGAGGAAAGGUACCAACACAGCCAGUCCGAGUGUGAGCAGCUUCAGGAGGAACUCCACCUGUGCAGGGAGGAGAUUGAAAGGCUGAACGGCAACAUCCCGGCAGGAGGACGGGACCCCAACGGAGGGAUGAAACCGUUCGGUCUGUUUCUCAUCUGCGCGGGAGGCUUAAUGUUGUACUCCUGCUUGAAGAAAUUCAACGAGGGUGGAUCGCUGACCUGAGGACCCUCCCAGCCUCCUGGUGGAGAGGACCACACUUGCCACGCGCCCUGUCCCCCGUCCCAACUUGGUCACAACCAAGCAACAAGCACUCCCCCCGAACCCAACUACUCAGAGGAGAUUUUGGAUCCGACCCCUGCGAUUUCUCGGAAGCGCCAGCUCGUCUCUUCGGCCAGGACAAGCCCUCCGCUGCCCAUCCUCCCUUACUCUCUUUGAAUCCCUCUCUCGGCCUGCCCUGUGCCAUGCGUCACCUCCCCACCCAAAAGAGCAGGAGGACGAUCUCAUAACUAGGCUUCUACGUUGUAUCUGCUUUGAGCAGUUGGCCUAGAAGGACGGGACAAGAUGCCGCUGGCUCACCACACUGGAGUGCUGUUUCCGGGGGUCUGAAGCUACCCUCUUUCCAAACUGGGGAGGGGGAACCACUGGGAAUGGUUUGAAGGGGGACGAUUCGGUGUGUUGGCUGAGACCAAAUAAAACCGAGAGCCUUGGUUACCCCUGUUCCCUGACCCUCCCCCUGUGCAACCUCUCAUUUACCAGACCACUAGCUGAUCCCUUGAUCUGUCCAUUGAAAUACGUCCAACUCCCGCGGACUUAAAUACCGCGUCCGUUUCCUGGGAGUCCCGUGCUGCAUGCGUGAAACCUACACAGGAUGUUGUGAGGGAUGACACCCCUUGUUCCAGCAAUAUUAGAGCCUCUUUUAACACUGUGACGGUCCAGAAGGGCCGCAGUUGAUGGUUCUAAUUUAUCACUGAGACGCUGCUCAUUUCUGCCCUGCUCAGGAUAGGCACAAUCUAUGCAUUUUGUCCACUGACCGUAUUCCCUCCUCCGUUUUCGUGGUCGGACCGCGCCGCUGCGUCGGACACGAUACGGAUGGGCUUCUGAGCUGCGUGUGUUUUUUGCGUACGUGUGAGUGACACUUGAUUCUCCAAGCCCAGCCCAAUUGUAUCAACCCCCCCUCCCUUUCCGUGCUCCAAGGAGUCCACCAAUGCUCAUUUUCGACCAGGGUGUCCGCAGAGUACGGUUUAAAACAGGGACGGUGAUCGUGACGGUGCGAUCGAACAUCUGCAGACAGUUUGACGCGAUCGCCCAGCUUCGAUCGCACCGUCGCGACCACCGCUCCAGUUGCAGAGACCCCCCUUGAGUUUCAUGUAGUUUGGUAGCAGGUGAGACGCGACAUCACCGGGCACGUCGUUCUGGGUUCUGGUCCUCACCCUGCAUGUUUUGUGUGUGGUCACGUUCUUUUAUGCGUAGCCUUCUCUGUCAGUUCACAGCUGUUCCCUGCCUCACCUGGGUCUUCUCUCCCCAUCCCCACCCCCGGCUCACCUGCUCUUCACCGAGAAGGGGCCCGUUGCAAACCAGCACAAGUCAACAGGCCCAAGAGACUCUGCAGAACGUUCCCCUCCUCGUCUUCUCUGUUGUAACUCGGUAAAAAGAGCUUUAUAAAUA